UUCAUCCAUUUUUUCAGGAUCGAAUGACAAAAGAAAAAUGGUCUAAGGCCCCACUAAUAAAAAAAAACUUUUACAUAGAAGACCCCGCAGUUGCAGCAAUGACUGCAGAUGAAGUUGCUAAAUUUCGCGAAGAUAAUAAUAACAUUGUGGUUGCUAGAGCGCUGUCUAAAACACCGAACGAUAAUAAACCGAUACCUAACCCAGUUCGAACAUUUGAGGAAGCUUUCCGAAAUUAUCCAUUAAUAUUGGAAGAGAUCAGGAAGGCAGGUUUUGAAUCUCCGUCGCCGAUUCAGCGGCAGGGUUGGCCGAUUUUGCUGAGCGGGGAAGAUCUGAUAGGAAUCGCGCAAACCGGAACAGGCAAGACUUUAGCUUUUUUGUUACCUGCACUAAUACAUCUCGAUGGUCAACCCACACCAAGGGAACAGCGCGAAGGUCCGGGCGUGCUUGUGAUCGCACCCACACGAGAGUUGGCCUUGCAGAUCGAACGGGAGGUUAAGAAAUAUCACUACAAAAAUAUUAAGGCAGUGUGCGUAUAUGGUGGCGGCGACCGAAAAGAGCAAGUGAAUAUAAUAACCAAGGGCGUUGAUAUUGUAAUUGCGACACCUGGCAGAUUGAACGAUCUGGUCCUUGCCGGAUAUAUAUCGACCGAAACGUUUACCUACGUAGUUCUGGACGAAGCCGAUCGUAUGCUGGAUAUGGGUUUUGAGCCUCAAAUACGUAAAGUGUUGUACGAAAUUCGGCCUGAUCGACAAACGGUUAUGACCAGUGCAACAUGGCCGUCUGGUGUUCGCAGAUUAGCUGACUCAUAUAUGGUAAAUCCAGUUCAGGUUUAUGUAGGAUCUUUGGAUUUGGCUGCUGUACAUACUGUCACUCAAACAAUUAUCAUGUUACCAGAUGGCGAAGAGGAGAAAUUUCAAACGUUUAUGGAUUUCGUACAUAGCAUGCAACCUGAUGACAAGGCCAUUGUAUUCUGUGGGAAAAAGGCUAAGGCGGAUUAUUUAGCCUCGGAGCUUGUAAUAAAUGGUAUUGAUUGCCAAGCAAUGCACGGCGAUCGUGAACAGUGUGAUCGUGAACAAGCAUUGGCAGAUAUUACAGAUGGUACCGUUCAAAUUCUCAUAGCGACAGAUGUAGCAUCCAGAGGAAUAGACAUAGAGGACAUAUCACAUGUCAUCAAUUAUGAUUUUCCAAAGAAUAUAGAAGAAUACGUCCACAGAGUGGGACGUACAGGACGGGCCGGUCGUUCGGGAUGUUCCAUUAGUUAUUUUACUAGGGCAGAUUGGGCAAAUGCUCAAGAAUUAAUUCCUAUUUUAGAAGAAGCCUGUCAGGUACGUAGCAAUAGUGAAUCAAACAUUACCUAAAAAUGUGCAAAAUCU